AUGAGUAGGAUGACGUCAGUACGUGGGCCGAUAUUGAACGCUUUCAUAAUAACAUCCGACGACGAACAUCAGAGUGAAUUUUUAUCGGACAGAGAUAAAAAACUCGAAUACAUUUCCGGUUUUACUGGCAUGUACGGAUAUGCCGUCAUAACGAAAUCUUCGGCAGCACUUUGGACGACGGAAAAAUUUUACGCUUUAGCAGACCAACAGCUGGAUUGCAAUUGGGAACUCAUGAAAUUAGGAGAACCAGGAGUACCGAGUUUGACGGAAUGGUUAAAAAAAGUAUUGAAAAGAGGUUUGUAUAGAGUCGGUGCCGAUCCUAGAAUGAUACCGAGUUCGACGUGGGAAGAAUGGAACCGAGAAUUGGCGGCGGAUAAAUUGGUUUUGACGGAAGUGCCGAAUAAUUUAAUCGAUUUGAUAUGGACGAUAGGAAGGCCACCCUACAAUCCAUAUCCUGCAUUUGUUUUACCGCAGGAAUAUGCAGGAGAAUCGUGGCAGAGUAAAGUAAUAAAUCUACGUCAUAAUUUAACACGUUUCGGUUGCGAUGCCAUGAUAGUGACGGCUUUGGAAGAAAUCGCUUGGUUGUUGAACAUAAGAGGAAGAGACACGAAUUACAAUCCUUUCGUGAAAGCGUAUUUGAUAGUGGAAAGGGAAAGGUUACGAUUGUACGUUCCGAAAGAAAAAGUAAGCGAUGAUAUAAGGAGACAGUUGAGAGUCGAAAGUCACGGAUCGUUGAGCGUGAGAUUGUUUCCCUACGAUGCAGUUUUUACAGAACUGCGAACACUUUCCCAAGCGUGGGAUAAAGUUUUGAUACCGUCGACGUGGUUUUACAGUUCGGGUGCGAGUCAAGCGAUCGUUUUAGCCGUGCCACCGGAAAAACGAUUUCUAAGACAAUCCCCGAUAAUAUUGAUGAAAGCGAAAAAAAAUUCUGCGGAAUGUGAAGGGAUGAGAGCUGCUAAUCUAAGGGAUUCGGCUGCUUUUGUUGAUUUUUUAGCACUCAUGGACGAAGAGAUAAAACUUUCGACGAAUUGGACGGAAGUAGAUGUGGUAAAUACUUUGGAUAAAUUUAGAUCCGAACAAAAUUUAAAUCAAGGGGUACCAUUUCCGACGGUGGCGACAUACGGUCACCACGGCGGUUUUUUCUACUACGAAACGAAUAACAAAACGAAUUUGAAAUUGGAAGAUUCGUCGACUUUGGUCAUCGAAAGCGGAGGACAUUAUUUCGAUGGUACGAGUGAAGUCGUGAGAACUUUUCAUUUCGGCGAGCCCACGAGAGACAUGAUCGAAUAUUACACUAAAAUACUUUCCGCACUGAUACAAUUUUCUACUGCCACUUUUCCCGUAACGGCAAAAACGACGGAUCUCGACACGAUCGUCAGAUCGAAACUUUGGAAAUCGGGAAUCAAUUAUAAAAUGGAUUUGGGUCACGGUUUGGGAAGUUUUUCGAACGUUUACGAAUCUCCGAUCGUCAUAAAUUCAGAUUCGAAACAACAUAGGCAAACGAUAAGGGAAGGGUAUUUUUUAACUUGUCAACCGUCGUAUGUGAAACCGUACAAAUACGGUUUGAAAUUGGGGAACGUUCUUGAAGUCACAUCGAAAGGAUCGAAUAAUUUCGAUGGGAAACCGUCGAAAUAUUUAGAAUUCAACGACGUGACUUUAGUUCCGUUCGAAUCGAAAUUAAUCGACACGAGGUUGUUGUCGAGAGAGGAAGUCGAUUGGUUGAACGGGUAUCAUUUGAGAGUAAUGCAAGAAGUCGGAGCGGAAUUGAAAAGACAAUCGAGAAUGAAAGGUUUCUAUUGGUUGAUGGAAAAAACAAAAGAGAUACCAUACGAUUGCAGCAGCGGCGUCGGCGGAAACGGAAAUUCGAAAGGUUCCAUCCUUUUGAUUUCCGUUACAGAGCUUUUAAUUCAAGCGAACGUGGCCGCACCUUUAAAAAAAUUGUAG